GUAUUGAUUUUUCGUUUGACAAGUCGGCGGAAAACAUCGUCUGUUUUCUAAUCGUAAAUGGAUUAAAAUAAUUCGCAUUCUUUGAGAAUUUUUAAUCCGAAGUGUGUUUAAACUUCGAAAUGAGUGAAUUAAGGCACCGAGGAGGCGAAGGUGAUAGAAACGAUAAAGCGGAUACCGCUGGAGAAUCUGACCAUGUCGAUUCGGAGGAAGAAAAAGUGUUGGAAGAGAAGUAUGUAGACGAUUUGGCGAAGAACCUGCCCCAAGGAACCGAUAAGACCCCUGAAAUUCUGGACUCUGCUCUUUCGGGCCUGUCUUCGAGAUGGCGGAAUUGGGUGAUCCGUGGCAUCUUCACUUGGCUGAUGAUAGGAGCCUUCUGCCUCCUUAUCUAUGGAGGCCCUCUUGCAUUGAUGAUUACAGUGCUCUGCGUGCAAGUGAAAUGCUUCGAGGAGAUCAUCAACAUCGGCUACGCGGUGUACCGGGUGCACGGGCUGCCGUGGUUCCGCUCGCUCUCCUGGUACUUCCUGCUCACAUCCAACUACUUCUUCUACGGGGAGAACCUCAUCGACUACUUCGGAGUUGUGAUUAAUAGGACGGACUACCUCCACUUCCUGGUGACGUACCACCGCUUCAUCUCGUUCAGCCUGUACUGCGUGGGCUUCGUGUGGUUCGUGCUGUCGCUCGUGAAACGCUACUACAUGCGGCAGUUCAGCCUGUUCGCAUGGACCCACGUGGCGUUGCUCAUCGUGGUCACGCAGAGCUACCUCAUCAUACAGAACAUAUUUGAAGGCCUAAUCUGGUUCAUAGUGCCGGUGUCCAUGAUAAUCUGCAACGACGUAAUGGCCUACGUGUUCGGCUUCUUCUUCGGCAAGACGCCGCUCAUCAAGCUCAGCCCCAAGAAGACGUGGGAGGGCUUCAUUGGAGGCGGAUUCUCCACUGUUGUGUUUGGACUUGUGCUAUCGUACAUGAUGUCCCAAUACCCGUACCUGGUGUGCCCGAUCGAGUACUCGGACUCGCUGGGCCGCAUGACGAUGGACUGCGAGCCCUCGCCGCUGUUCCGCCUUCAGGAGUACACGCCGCCGCAGUUCGCGCAGCCUCUGAUGAAGAUCUUCGGCAUGGAGAAACUCACCAUGUACCCGUUCAUGAUCCACUCCCUCGCGCUGAGCAUAUUCAGCUCCGUCAUCGGGCCGUUUGGAGGAUUCUUCGCAUCUGGCUUUAAGCGGGCUUUCAAGAUUAAGGACUUUGGCGACGUGAUCCCCGGGCACGGCGGCAUCAUGGACCGCUUCGACUGCCAGUUCCUCAUGGCCACGUUCGUCAACGUCUACAUCACCAGCUUCAUCCGCACCGCCACGCCACAGAAACUGCUGCAACAGGUAUACAACUUAAAACCGGAGCAACAGCUGCAACUGUUCUACGCGCUGAAGGAGUCGCUGGAGAACAGGAACAUCCUCAACAUGGUGCCGUAAGGUGCUCACAAGGUACUGGACAGUCACGUCUAAAAAUAUCGAUACACUAACU